CCGCGCCGUUAGUCGGCGCAGCGAUCGUCGUCACGAAUCCCUGCUCCGAAUGUCACCGAUCAUUCGCGUCAUUGCGCAUCGUCCAUAAUUAUUUAUCGAGAGGACAAAACUACACAAGUUCGCCAGCGCGCAGUAAUCCGUAAACGAUGACGAUGACGGCGAGUUCGAAGCAAGGCUCCAAGCGGUCGAAGUGGGCCCUAGACUUUGCGCACAGAACGAAACAGGACAAAAGCGUGGAGAUACCGUCUCCGCCAGGAUAUACACCCACCGGUUCCCUCUUUCACAAUGUGGAAUACAUGAGAGAGUCCGACUCCAAUCACCUGAUAAUAAAGAAAUCUUGGGAUCUGGCGUUGGGACCUCUGAAGCAAGUGCCCAUGAAUCUGUUCAUCCUGUACAUGGCCGGUAGCUCCGUCUCGAUAUUCCCCAUCAUGAUGGUCGGUAUGCUUAUCAUCAAGCCAGUCAAAGCGCUGUUCACCCUUCAACAAACGUUCAAAGUGAUCGAAGGUACGCACGCGUGUGGACAAAAGUUCGUGUACUUCCUAGGACAGUUAGUGAAUAUCGCGUUAGCUCUGUACAAGUGUCAGUCGAUGGGCUUGCUGCCGACGCACGCGUCCGACUGGCUGGCGUUUGUCGAGCCCCAGACGAGAGUGGAGUACUCCGGUGGGGGUUUCAUGUACAUUUGAUGCAAAAAGAUCGGUCAGGCGGCAUUGUAAGUAUUCGGCAUACGCGCCCACGUGAAUUAUAGCUAAAUUAUACUCUACAAGGACAUGCGUGUCAUGCAUUUAAAUAUUGUUUAUUAAAAUAAAAUUAUGAAAAAAUAAGA